AUGGCGUCGCGCGGGAACUUGAGCGACUGUCGCUCAACUUCUCACGACACCCUGCGAAGCGGCAUUCCAUCACCGCGCAUCGCACACUACGAUGGCGAAGUCCCUCCGGCACUGUCGCCCCUGGAUGCAUUCGCUGCUCAGGGCCGUUUCCUCGCCAAACAACUGGAUGAAUCCCGGCGACGAGACCGGCGCAUGAGCCGACUGCCCCCUUCCAGCGUCGCCCGAUCGUUGUCCACCCCCGCCCCGGCUAUUUCCGCUCUCCGUCGAGCGAGUCCCAGAGCACACCCGGAUGUAGAAGAGCCCAAGUACCGACCCGUCUCGGAGCACCCCCGCUUCAGCUCUGUCUCGCAUGCCAGCAGCAAUGCCGACUCGUACGACGACGAUUCUACACCGCGGACGACGAUGGUGCGCGCCACCUCGAGUAUCUACGAUUUACCCCGUGCGGAGUCACCUGAAGAUGACCCAUCGCUAGCCAGCGGCGCGGCAGGCGGUUCAGUGGGAACGGUGAUGGACGACCCCUCGCGCGAGUCGUCGACCGACUCUGUAUCGCGACUGCAUAUCCCACGCACCCUUGCGCCACCAGUGUCCCCGCAUUCCCGCCCAUCAAGUAGCGCCAGAGCGGAGCGGGAGAGCUCUGAUGACGACUAUAGCAGCUCGAAUGCCGGAUCCACGUUUUCCAAACCACGCAAAUUGUCCUCGGGCAGUGCGGUAUCCAUACCAUACUCGCCCAUGUCCACCUAUCCUGCCCGGAUGCAUCCCCGUUCACCAUCGCUGAGUUCUGAAACUUCGGCCACUGGCCAUCUGCCCCGACCCUCGUUCAACUUCUCUCGGCCUUUGAGUCGAUCUAGCACCAGCCUGUCCGCUCCCGGCCCGUUUGCCACUUCGGAGCUGACCCAAACACCACCAGCGGCUGCUGUUCCUCACUCACAGCAGCAUCGGUGGGACCGUCAGUCAGCUCAUAUGCAUCGGCCGAGCAAGCCGUCACCAAUUCUGGUGCCAUUGGCGACCGAGGAAGCGGCUGCCACUCAAGCAGAGGAAGGGGAACCUUCUUCUGCCGUAUCAUCGUAUGUAUAUGCCAAAUAUUCACUGCCGCGUGGCCGCAUGGUCUCACGAGACUCGGUCGUUUUCGCUGGCCUACAAACACCCCAUUUCGAAUGGCAAGAACCGUUGUUUGAGAAUUCUCCGCCCGGGCAUUCAGAGGAGCCACCGCGCUCCGCAAGGACGCCGCCCCCUCACACCCCCGUUUCCGCUCCGACCCCGGCGCCAGUCAAUGAGACUAAGCUGGCACCACCGGCGCCUGUUUCACCACCCAGAGCUGCUCCAGCUCUUCCGGUGGUCACACCUCCCCGACCAUCCACCGAGUCUGCUCGACUACCCCGGCCGUCGACGGAGUCUACUCGACCAAGGACCAGUGACAGAGACGAGACCGUCUCAUCUGCGGACUCGGCCAGUACGCUUCGCCCGCAGACAGCCACAACGCAGGCCACCCAGACUCCCGCAACGGCCCUCACAGCUGACGAUCAUGUCACCAAGGGUAUUGAGCUGCACGAGGCCGGCUCGCUGAACGAGUCGACCUACCACCUGCGCAUUGCCGCUAAGCAGAAUAAUCCCACCGGUAUGCUGCUUUAUGCGCUUGCCUGCCGCCAUGGAUGGGGCAUACGGCCGAACCAGCAAGAAGGAGUACGGUGGUUACGCAAGGCAGUGGAUUCCGUUGGCUUGGAAAUGCUCGAGAACCCCGACGCCCCAGGUGCCUCCAAGGCCAAGGAGUUGCAAAAGGCGUAUCGGGCCCAGUUUGCACUGAGCAUCUACGAGCUGGGUGUCAGCCACCUGAACGGCUGGGGUAUCGAGCAGGAUAAAUCCUUGGCUUUGCGCUGCUUUGAGAUUGCCGGUCAAUGGGGUGAUGUGGAUGCCAUGGCAGAAGCAGGUUUCUGCUACGCCGAGGGCGUGGGCUGUAAGAAGGAUAUGAAGAAGGCUGCUCGUUUCUAUCGUGAGGCUGAGUCCAAGGGUAUGAACAUGGUUGGAAACAGCUGGAUCUACAAGGACAAAUACAUGGCUGACGAUGAACGUCGUGGUGGUCGCGCGCGCGGACGGACUGUCAGCAGCGACAAGAAGCCGCGCAGCAAAUCUCGCACCCGCAGUCUCUUCCAGCGCAAGAAGUCUGUUCCCGAGGCAUAG